AAGUGAGAGCAGUGAGAGAGCCACUCACACACUAUCGACAUCGACGACGAUAGCUCCGUGCGUUUUUUUUUGCGGAUGCUUCUUCGCCGGAUCGCGCAAAUACAAGCUAAAUUUGCGUACUAGACAGUUUUUUGGCUUCAUUUGUUUACGUUUCCAGCAUAUUUAAUCCGUGCAUCGUCCGGCGGACGUUGUACACUCCCACCGAACUGGCUAUGAUACCGAAAAACAAAAUUUUCGUGGGUAGUUUGCCGCCCUCCACGAAGCCGGAGGAAAUAAGGCGCCUGUUUGAGAAUUACGGCAUCGUGACGGAAUGUGACGUGAUGAAUCGGUGUGCCUUUGUGCACAUGCAGAGCCCGGACAUGGCGGAGAAUGCAAUUCAAGCGUUACACAAUUCCAACUUCAAGGGUGUUACAAUUAAUGUGGAACAUGGCAGAACCAAGGAACGAUCCGGUGGCGAGGGUGGUGGAUUUUCUAGAGGUGGUCGGGGUGGUCCGAGAGGAGGAUCUAGAGGCGGUCCGCCUCAGGGAAGAGGCGGAUUCCAUCAGCAAGACAGGCCAAACUACAAUGAUGGGCAGGAUCGUAGCGGUGGACCGGUGAGAAAUAACCAGAACCGAGGUAACUUUCGUAACCAGCCCUAUGGAGGUGGUGGUGGGGGUGGUCGCGGUGGUGGUUUUGACAGUCAAAAUCAAGGAGGAGGUGGUUUCCGCGGUGGUUUUAAUCGUGGUGGCCGAGGAGGUUCCAACGAUCGUGGCAGUGGCGGAAGAGGUGGUGGAUAUAAUGGCGGUAGCAACCGAUUCUCCGGUGGUCAGCAGUUCAACAGCGAGGAUCGUCGUGGGUUUGCUCUGCCUAACGAUGGAGCUGGACGCUUUAGUGCUGGUAGAGGCGCGCAACACGGUGGGUUACAAAUCAGCCCACAGAAUGAUCCGUUCACACGUAGAAGCAUAGGAGAUGCCGGCGCUCAAGGCGGAUAUGGAAAUCGUGGAGGAUUUAAUCAGACAAGCGGAGCUGGAAGUUUCCAAUCAUCCAACUACAAUCAGGCAUUUCCACCACUGGGAAGUGAUCCUGCGCGCAGUGCGAAUCGUGGCCAGCAGCCGCUACAACAACAGCCUUGGAUGCAAUAAUUUUCUCACAGCACGGUCGCUUCCGGAUGAAUUCGCAUAGCCAUGCUGAUUCUAUGUAAUGCGGAAGCGUAUGAUCCUUAGGCGAGUUUUUCUUUUCUUUUAAACCUUGUAUAGAAAAUCCUUCGUUUGCAAUGUAAAGAAAAUGCAGUUCGGUUCCUCGAACUGCCGCUCACAGAUUAUCGCUAUCCUCCGUAUUAUUUAUCGCAGCGCCGAGAACUUUAAACAACUGUUUAUUACAAACUUACUUCAGACUUAGAAAAAAUCAUGAAGUCAUGAUUUCGAUAGGAAUUGAACUUACAUACUUUAGUUUGUUUUUCUUUCUCUGCGAGUUUUAUAUUCUUUUCGCCUUAAUUAAAUUAAUAGUAGUUUUUAAACAAUAAGCAAACUCGACCGGAGCCGGCUGCAGAAUAUUGGAAACCACCAUCAUUGGGAAGAACCGAUGCUCGAAGCGAAGCCGAUUUUUAUGUUUCUCAACCAAUAGUAUGCAAACUAAGCUAUCUAUGUAAGAAUAUCAGAUUUAUUGACAAAUAUACAGAAUAAUCAUG